UUGAGGAGUGAGAAAGGGAUAAAGGGUUCCUGGCAAUUUACGGUUUUCUUUUGUACGCUUCUGUGCCCAAAAACCACAGGCCCACUCAGUUUCCGUUGUUGGCCGUGUUGGGUUUUGAGAUCCCGCCGCGAAAUGUUUUCUCCGCCGAGGAUGCUGUGGUGGAAGUCGCCCAGGAGUGAGCCGGGCCUGAAGAACGGGACCGUUUCUGGGCCGGGCUCGGACUCGGGCUUGGGCUUGAAAACUAGCGCCGCAAGCCCGAGGAAUGGUGGGGCAUUAGCUGAAGGCAAGGCGGCGGUUUUUGUUGGGGACGACGGGGUCGUGGACCAGGAGACGUUGACUGCGGGGCUUCGAAGCUCGAAAAUGAGGUCGUCGCAUCUCUUUGAUUAUCAGUACAAAAUGGGUCUCCUGUUGGUUGAGAAAAAUGAGUGGAAUAUGAAGCAUGAAGGAGUAACGCAAGCUUUAGCUGACGCAUCUGAUACUUUGAAAAAAGAGCGAGCAGCUCAUUCUAGUGCAAUGUUAGAAAUGGAGAAGCGAGAAGAGAAUUUAAAGAAAGCUUUGGGUGUUGAAAAGCAGUGUGUGCUUGAUGUAAGAUUUGCACUUCCUGAAUCUUUGGCUCUCAUCUUGAAUCAGAUAGAUGGUUACCUGGGGCUCGAGAAGGCUUUGCGUGAGAUGCGUUCGGAACAUGCUGAAAUUAAGUUAAAUGCCAACUCAAAAUUGGAUGAGGCUAAUGCAUUAAUCACAAGUGUUGAACAGAAAUCUUUGGAGGUUGAGGCAAAGUUCCACGCGGCUGACGCCAAACUUGCUGAGGUCAGCAGGAAGAGUUCAGAAAUCGAUAGGAAAUUGCAUGAGUUGGAGACUCAAGAGAAUGUGCUUAGAAGAGAACGGUCUCUUUUCGCCACAGAGCGUGAGGCACAUGAAGCUUCGAUGUCAAAGCAAAGGGAAGACUUAAGGCAGUGGGAGCAGAAGUUAAAGGAAACAGAGGAGAGGCUAGCUGAUGAAUUACAGAAAAAGAUUGAGAUUACCAAUUCUGAUUUGAGGAACAAGGAAGAAGAUAUAAGCAAAAGACUAGCAAGCCUAGCUUGUAAAGAGAAGGCAAGUAUAUAUCAUCUUAAUAGAUUAGAAGAAAGAGAGAAGCAACUGCUGGAGUUAGAAGAAAACUUGAACACCAGAGAAAAAUGUGUGCAGUCGGAGAUUCAGAAACAGUUGGAUGAACAUCAAAGUAUCCUGACCAAGAAGCAGAAAGAGUUCGAAUUGAUGAUGGAGAAGAAAAGAAAGUCGAAUGAUGAGCAGCUGAAGGAGAAGAUGGCUGAGGUGGAGAAGAAGGAAGCUGAGCUCACACACGUGGAAGUGAAAGUGAAGAAACGGGAACAAGCGGUUGAAAAGAAAAUAGAGAAAGUGAGAGAUAAAGAAACUGAUAUUGACUCCAAAUCAAAAACUUUGAAGGAAAGGGAGAAGUCUCAUAAAUUAGAGAGGAUAAACUUGGAGAAAGAAAAGAAAUUAAUGCUUGCAGAAAAGCAAGACUUGCUCAGUCUCAAGGCCGAGCUCGAGAAUCUUAAGGCUCACGGAGAGAGCCAGCUGGAGAAACUAAAUGAAGAGAGAGAACAACUAAAAAUCACCGAAGACGAAAGAUCAGAAUUUACUCGCCUGCAAUCGGAGCUGAAAGAGGAGAUAAACAAAUACAGAUUCCAAAAGAAGGAGAAAUUCGAGAAAGAAUGGGAAGAGCUAGAUAAUAAAAGAACCCAAAUAAAGAAAGAGGAAGAGAAUGUCCUUGAACAGAAACGUCUUCUGGAGAAACUAAGGCUGUCUGAAGAGGAAAAGCUAAAUAAUGAAAAGCUCAAAAAACAGCAAUACGUGCAAAGGGAACUAGAAGCUCUUAAAUUUGCUCAAGGUUCUUUUGCUGCUAGAAUGGAGCAUGAGAAGGCACUAUUAGCUGAAAAAGCCCAGAGUGAAAGGACACAACUGAUUCAUGAUCUUGAAGUACGGAAGCAGGAACUCGAGGCUGAAUUCCGAAGGAAGCAGGAAGAGUUAGAGAGUUCUUUGAAGGAGAGGAAACAGUUGUUUGAACAGGAGAAGGGAAAGGAACUCGAGGAUGUCAAUUACUUGCGGGAGGUUGCCAGAAGAGAAAUGGAGGAGAUGAAGUUAGAAAGACUUCGGAUGGAGAAAGAACACACAGAGAUUUCAGAAAAUAAGAAGCGUAUCGAGUCUCAGCAACUCGGGAUGAAAAAAGACACCGAGGAACUUGUUAGCUUAAGCCUGAAGCUGAAGGAUCAGAGAGAACAACUCAUCAAGGAAAGAGAACGUUUCGUUUCAUUUUCUGAGAAGCAGAAGAAUUGCAACAUAUGUGGCGAGACUAUUCGCGAGUUUAUGCUCUCUGAUCUUCAUCCAUUGCCAAAGGUAGCAGAAGACUAUUUGAAGGAGGCUGAGAGGUUAAAUGCUGAGUCAUUAUCCCCUGCUCUGGCUAAAUCAGGAUCAUCUCCAGCUGCUGGUAAAAAAACCAUGUCUUGGCUCAGCAAGUGCACCACAAAGAUUCUUAUAUUUUCACCGGGAAGGAGACUCGAUCUUGAUUAUUGCAGUCAGAAUCCUGAGGUUGGAACUUUGGUGAAGCAGGAUGAUGUCACCAAUUCUUCUAACGCAUCACCAAGCGGUGAAAAGGAACCGGAAUUAUUAUCCUUGAGAGUUGCGAAUGAUUCUUAUGAUGUCCAAAUUGUUGAAUCUGAGACUGCCAUUGGAGAAUUUGGAGCUGCUGCUCAAGCUCCUCCAGUUGAUCAAGAUCCCCCGAGUAAACCUGAGUAUUCUAAGACCAAUGGUAAUGUGGAAACCUCUGUUCAGACUAAUGAUGAUAGAGCAGAAUCUGAUCUUGGUGGAGCACCAAAGAACACGAGAAAGCGAAAUCGAUCACAAGCAACGGCAAGUGAUAAUCAAAUUGUUGAAGGCCAUUCGGACAGCAUCAAGGAUGGCGAUCGUCCAAGGAGGAGACGAAGAGUUGUUGCAGCUGAACAUGGCCAAAGAAGAUACAACCUCCGAACAAACAAAAAAUCGGUAGGAACAGUGGCCAAUGGAUCUUUACCUAAAGCAUGGAGGAAGGGCAAGGAAAAGGAAAGUGACCAACCGCUUUCUGAAAAUCUUGAAGCUUCUGCUAUUGGAGCUUCAAGGAAAGAAAUUGAAGAACAUGACUCCAGAAGAAUUGGGGCUGAAGAUGCUGAUGAUCAUCAUCCCUUGAGAAGUGCUGCCACUGCUAGCGAGUUUUCUGCCGACAGUCCUAGUGAGGAGGUUAAUGGAGGAUCAGCCGAAUGUGCCAUGGAAGAAUACAGUGGGGAAGAUUACAAAACAGCUAGCCGCGAAGAGGAUGAUGAUGAUGAGAAUGAUGGAGAUGGUGAUGAAGUCGAUCAUCCAGGUGAAAUUUCUGUCGGGAAGAAGCUCUGGACUUUCAUCACCACAUGAUGAAAUAAAAUGUCAGGAACUUUUUUUUUUCUUCUUUGGUUCAGAUGUGUGUAUUAUUAGUGUGCAGAUUGUAACAACACAGAAAGCAGCAACUCUUAAGGACCUUUUGGGAUUUUAUUUGAAAUUUGUCAGUUGGAAAAUUCAGCGGUUGUUUGCUUCAUAUUCUCCCAAAAAUUUUC